CCGGCCCGAAGCUCCGCCUCUCCCCGCGAGGUGCCAACUCCUCCAGAGCACUUUCACUGCCGCUUUCCCCAUCCACGAGCCUUUUCUUUUUGUUUGUUUUGUUUUGUCUGUUGGUGAGUCGGCCGGAAAUCGACAUGGAAGACGCUGCUGUCCAAUCCGAGGGAAGAAGCGGCGGCAUUGUGAUUAACGACGGCUGGCCGGGCUACAGUCUGGACCUCUUCAGCUACCCAGCGCACUACUCCGGAGACUUAGACUGCGUCUUCAUUCCGCACGGCGUGAUCACGGACAGGACCGAACGUCUGGCUCGAAACAUCAUGGACGACCUGGGGGACCACGACAUCGUGGUGCUGUGUGUGCUGAAAGGAGGCUACCAGUUCUGUGUCGACCUGGUGGACAGGAUCAAGGCCCUCAGCCGCAACUCCAACCGCACCAUCCCCAUGCGGGUCCACUUCAUCCGGCUCAAGAGCUACCUGAAUGACCAGUCCACGGAGGAUCUUCACAUACUCGGAGCAGAGGAUUUGUCUUUUUUAGCUGGAAAGAACGUACUGAUCGUGGAGGCCAUUGUCGGCACCGGAAAGACGAUGGAGACUCUCCUGAAGCACGUCGAAGCCUUCCGGCCCAAAAUGAUAAAAGUCGCAGGAUUGCUGGUAAAGAGAGUGCCACACAACACAGCAUGUCUUCCUGACUAUGUCGGCUUUGAGAUACCCGAUCGGUUUGUGGUUGGAUAUGCCUUGGACUACAAUGAGUAUUUUAGAGACUUAGAUCAUAUCUGUGUGAUCAGCGAAAAUGGGAAGAUGAAGUACAAGAUUGAAAAAGAAGGACUGCAGAAGGAGGCGAAUGUCAUCCAACAGAAAGCCUGAACAUUUUCCCGGACUUGCCACUCACUUCCAGCUGCUUUCGUGACAUUUGAUCUCGAGCAUGGCCCCGUUUUGUUAGAACAUUCCUUCUACGAACCGUUUUUAACAACAGACACUGACAUUUAUCUGGUCAUUGUAGAAAAGCAAGCACAUGCCUCACUGUGAUUUGUAGAGUCGUAACUUCAUUCUUUAUGUUUGCAUAGCAGUUAUUCAUAUGUGAAAUGUUUACUGCUGGGGUACUGCUACGGUUUGCCUUUUGAUAGUUUGACUCUUAACACUCAUAUAUAUUUUUACUUCUUGUAUGCGAUGUAAAGAACUUGAUAAUAAUGACUUUUUAUGAAUGUGAUGAGUGUGUGACAAGGUAAAAAAGGAAACAUAGCUUUUAAAAUGAAAGGGAGUUUUAUUAGACAGUUGCUGAUAUCAUUUAACAUGUUCUUCAUUUGCCUUUUGGGUGUUUCAGUGGGUAGUUCUCUUACAGUCACCCUUUAAUGCUACGGGGCAAACAAAGUAGUUUGUAAACUAAGUGCUAACUACCUCUUUUUGUUUAUUCAGUAUUUGAGGUGUAGUGGGAUAACAAAGUAUUUUUUAGCAAUUAUGUGUCAUCACUGCAUUCUUUUCUCACUGUUUUGUUGACUUACAAAAUGCAUUUUCAAAUGUUGUUGAAGUUGUGUCUUGGUUGAGCUCAUGAGAUAAAAAAAUGUGUACCUCACAUGUUUGUCUUAGGCUGAUAUACAAAGGAGGGCUCUGAGUCAUUGGAUGGUGUGU